AUGAUACUGCGAUCUGUGGCCGUUUCUAGGCAAACACGAUACACCCUGGGUAGAAACUUAAGGCUUUUUGCCUCAGUAGCAUCUGUCAGAGCUAAGCACGAUCUGAGAAAAGUAUUCGAUAACCAAAAGUAUUGGCGGGAAAUUAAUAAUGAAGUUUUCAAAAGACAAGAUUCAAAGAGCAAAGGUAUAAUUGGUAGAAUUACCCAGUCUGCUACUCCUCUGGAAACUGGGCUCUUUCAGAAUCCAUAUUUGAAGUCGAGUCAAGGGCUUCGAAAAUAUAGCAUGAAAACGUUGGAAGACGCCCAGCUUUUAGUCGAGCAGAUGCGAUCAGACCGCUCUGAAAACGGACACUUAGCUUAUAUCCAAAGGCUCGAUAGGCUCAGUGAUUUGCUGUGUCGAGUAAUAGAUCUCUGUGAAUUUGUUAGGGCGUCCCAUCCAGAUCCACAAUUUAUUCAAGCCGCCCAGCUUUGCCACGAAGAGAUGUUCGAGUUUAUGAAUGUAUUGAACACUGAUGCAACACUUUAUGAGAUAUUGAAGUCUGUAUUGCGUAACAGAGCCAUCACCGCCCAGCUAUCCAAAGAAGAAAUCAAGGUAGGAAACAUCUUGUUGGAAGACUUCGAGAAAUCGGGUAUUGACAUGGCUCCUGAGGUUGGAGAACAGUUCAUUAGCCUCUCACAGCAGAUAAGCUUAAUCGGCCAGGACUUUAUCAAUAAUACUGAUUUCGCAAAGUCUGAACAUGUUAGAAUUUCCUGUCAAGAUCUCGAUAAGAGUGGAAUGAAUAAGCUUUUGCUGAAUCAGCUUUCCCGCGAUGCUCAUGGUUUGAAGUACAAAGUGCCAACUCACGGGUACGUUGCAUUCUCCAUCUUGAGAAGCUGCCCCAAUGAAAAAAUAAGAAUGAAGAUUUGGACAGCCAUGCAUAGCUGCCCUGACCAACAAAUUACCAGGCUUAAGCAGCUAGCCAAACUUAGAGGAUACCUGGCCUACAUUAUGGGUAAAAAAAGUUACUCUGAGUAUCAAUUGGAAGGUAAAAUGGCGAAAUCUCCCGCUUACGUUCGUGGAUUUGUGCAAUCGCUGGUUGAUGCGACAAAGCCGCUGGCAGUUCAAGAGCUGAAAUUACUUGCAAACUUAAAAUGCACGCAUUUGAAUUUGAAGCUACCAGAGUCUGAUGCCGACAUAUUGAAUAUGGUAAGGCCUUGGGACCGAGAAUUCUAUAGUACACUGAAUGCUCUUCAGCAGCAGCGCAAGAGCUUAGAAAAUGAACAGAUUAGCUCUUAUUUUUCAGUUGGUACUGUCAUACAGGGCCUGUCAAACUUAUUUCAAAGCAUAUAUGGAAUCAAAUUAGAACCCGUGGUAGCCACUCCCGGUGAAACAUGGUCACCCGAAGUUCGCCGUAUCAACGUCGUGAAUGAAAAAGAUGGCAUUAUUGGUGUUGUUUAUUGUGAUCUUUUCGAAAGAGCUGGAAAAACAACCAAUCCUGCUCACUUUACAGUAUGUUGCUCACGCCAAAUCUACCCCGAAGAAAAGGACUUAUCCACCAUUCAGGUUGGACAUCUCAAUUCGACGAAUGAAAAGUUUCAGUUGCCUGUCAUUUCACUAGUUUGCAGUUUUGCUCAGAAUUCAGCAACUGAGCAAGAUGUUUGCCUCUUGCAACUAAGCGACGUGGAUACUCUAUUUCAUGAAAUGGGUCAUGCAAUGCACUCAAUGCUGGGCAGAACUUCGUUACAAAACAUAAGCGGGACUCGCUGUGCGACUGACUUUGUGGAACUUCCGAGCAUCUUGAUGGAACACUUCGCACGCGAUCCCCGAGUUUUGUCGAAAAUUGGUCAACACUAUAUUACCAAUAAACCUGUGCCGCCUGAGUUACUGAAGCUUAAUCAGACUGAAUCAACAUAUCUUCAGCACACCGAAACUUUUUCGCAAGCAAAGAUGGCGAUGCUUGACCAAGAAGUGCACUCCUCUGUAAUGCUGACAGAUACCCCAGUAGACAUUGUUAAGAUAUACCACGAUUUGGAAACAAAACUGGGUGUUUUAGCUGAUGACCAGAGUAAUUGGUGUGGAAGGUUCGGGCACUUAUUUGGCUACGGCGCCACUUACUACAGCUACUUGUUUGACAGAGCCAUUGCCAGUAAGAUUUGGAAGCACUUGUUUGCACAGGAUCCGUUUUCUCGGAAUAGCGGGGAGAAAUUCAUAAAUAGUGUUCUGAAGUGGGGUGGAUCGAGAGAUCCGUGGGAAUGCAUCGCAGACGCACUCGAUAAAAAAGAUUUGACGAAGGGUGAUGAAAUGGCUAUGAGAUAUAUUGGGAACACCGAGGAUAUAUGA